AUGAACCACAUCCGCACACAUAGGGCCGUCGCAGGUAUCUGGUGGUGUCCUCCUUAUGAAGAUGAUAAAAAUAGUCCUGAAGUGAGGGCAGCAUCUAUGGGCUUAGAAAGCAGUGGAGGAAUGGAGAGAUCACGCAGGCAAAAGCAUAGGGGAGCGCUCAAAUGCAUUUCGAAAAGAACGAUUGCGCUGAAGAUAUCCUACGAUGGGCGGAGAUACAGCGGGGUUUCUCCUCAAAGUGGAAGGGAAACCAUUGGUGGAUAUCUUGAAUAUGCCCUGAAGUCCACAAGAUUAGGGGAAAAGCUGGUGUAUGCCGGAAGAACGGAUGCAGGGGUAAGCGCAAUAGGUAUGAUAGCAUCCGGGGUGCUGACAUCAAGAAUUGAGAUGCCCAACAGAAGCUAUGCUGUUGCGGAGGACGACUAUAAAGAAUAUAAAUACGACGUGAUGCUGAACAACCAUCUUCCGCCGGAUAUACGUGUUGUUGGGUGGGCGCCGGUGCCAGACACAUUCAGUGCCAGGUUUACGUGCAUACAGAGGCAAUAUCGGUACUACUUCCACAAGAAAGGCCUUGACAUCGAUAGGAUGAGCAAGGCAGCAUCCGAAAUCAAGGGGAUGAGCAGCUUCUACUGCUUCAGUAAGCACUCAGACAAAAACGCACGGUACGAAAGGACACUGGACGAGUGUAGGGUGGUGGACGAUGGGGACCUGUACUAUCUGGACAUAAGGGCGAGAGCAUUUUUGCAUAACAUGGUCCGGAAGAUAGUGUGGGCCAUAAAGAAAUCAGGAAGGGGAGAGAGCUAUGACGUUCAAAGAAUAGGAACAUCAGAGCCAUAUCCGCUAGUUUUCUGCAAUGCCGUAUAUCCCCACGAGCUUUCCUUCAUUACUAACCAUCGAUGCUCUGAAGAGUUUCGCCAUAAGCUAGAGAGCGAUCAAAUCAGCUGUAAGAUAUCAAAGAUUAGGGUAGAGCACCUUGACAACGGAUUUGCUAAGGAAGCAAGGCAUGAAGAGAAAGCACAUAAAUAA